AUGGCUUUCCAAAAUCUCCUUAGGAAUCAAGAAGCAUUGACCUUUCUCCGAAUACUUGGGAAGAGGGGGAGGAAAGUCCGAAUUGGAAGAAAGGCUGUGGAAAAGAUCUGGAUUCCAGGGGUUGUGAAGGCUGUGGUGGACAUCUUUCCGGUGUAUGCGUUAAGAGGAGCCUCGGUAUUUCUUCAAAUGCUGAUAAGAAUCUAUAAAGCCAAAGUUAGGAUUCAGCUGCUUGAAAUUAGAUCGCUAGCUGGGAUACUAGAUAGAAGAAAAAAGAGGAGAAGGACGGUGGAAAGAAAAAAGAAGAACAUGCUUUCGAUUGAAACAGGAUAUGUGGCAAGUGUCUGUAGCUCCGAACUGGAUGGGGUCGAUUGUAUGGAUAGUAUAAUGUUUAGCUACAGCGAAACAUUUGGAGUUGUGGACGGGCCGGAACAUAUAUCCAGAAAGCGUCUUUAG